AUGUACACGUAUUCUGAAGUGACAGUGGAUGUGAAUACACCAAAUAUUCUUCUGACCUUCUACCGUAUCCAUGGAGUGUUUGCUUUGGUUUUCAAUAUUUUAGGCGUGGUUCUGAUUAUGAAAAAUCCUAGAAUUGUGAGACUAUAUCGAGGAUUCAUGUUGAAUAUGCAGAUUCUGUCUCUUCUGGCUGAUGCUCAAACAACACUUUUAAUGCAGCCUGUUUAUAUAUUUCCCAUAAUCGGAGGAUACACAAAUGGAGUUUGGUGGAAUGUGUUUAGGAUGUCAUCUCAUUUACAAAUGGGAAUAUUUCUUCUCUUAUUGUAUCUACAAGUAGCUUCGAUAGUUUGUGCUAUUGUUACAAAAUAUCAUGUUGUAUCCAAUAUUGGGAAUACUACCAAUCGUCCGUUGUUGUUCUGGAACUUUGUUAUCUUUUAUCAUUGUUGUGCUUUCUUGAUUUUCGGAAUAUUCUGCAUGUCAUACCUAACUAAGGAACAAGCAGUGGACCUUGUAAAAAUAAAGUUUCCAAAUGCAAUGAACAUUUUUACGGUGGAAAAUGUUGAAAUUUACGAUAUGGAAGUUAAUAAAUGGAUGAUUAUGACAACUAUGAUUAUAGCCAUGUUAACAAGCUCUAUUCUAAUCUCAUUGUAUUUCUCCAUCCGGCUCUUAAAAACUCUUCGUUCAAAGCGUUUAGUCAUUUCUGCUAGAAGUUUUCGAGGACAUCAAAUUGCAGUUACAAGUCUCAUGGCACAAGCAACUAUCCCUUUCAUUGUAAUAAUCAUCCCAAUUGGAACUAUUGUUUAUUUUUUCGUUCAUAUUGUACCGAAUUCACAAGGAAUAUCCAACAUAAUGAUGGCAAUAUAUUCUUUUCAUUCAUCACUAUCCACUGCUGUCAUGAUAAUCAGCACUCCACAGUAUCGAAAAAUGAUAAGAAGAGGAUUCAAAUUACCAACUGCUUUAACUUCUCCUCAAAUGACAAGAGUCCACCCUUUAUCGGCAACUACAUUCCGGUUGAAGAAACUAUCCAACCCGGGAAUGUGA